CAAGUAGUUGAUGUUUUUUUUUUGUCAUCACCACAGUAGGUGAGCAGUGGGCUUGGCAUCCUCUAGGUAGUCCUUCUGUUUGCUAUUUUCGUGGCUUACCUUCUCUCAGUGGCCCAGUCAGGGCUGUUGCAACACCACCCUCCUUCGAAAAGUGUUCUCAGGAUAGUCCUGGAAUACUAUGUAGACUAUUUCGAAAAACAACUUAAAUAAUAAAUCUUAAUUUCCUCAGCCUCAUUCAUGACAGUCUGUAAGUGUGUAACCUGAGAAUGAGACUUCAACAGUUUACGCCUAGAAUCUAAUUAUUAUUGAAUUUCAGUCCAAUAUUUCGCCAAUAUAUAUCUCAACAAAUAACUUGAUCACGUUCUUCAAGACGUUUUAGUCUAGAAUAUAUGUCAUUAAUAGUGUAGACUAAUACAGUCUAUCAGCCAUUGUUGUUAUGACAGAAGAAAGCAUUUUACUGUCAUAUUCGGCUCGGGUGCUUGAUACCGUGAGCGAGACUGUUUUGCCUGUGAUACCAGAUUUUGUUUGGGACGGAGCUCUUCACUUGUUGGAGCUUUCGAAGGAGCUGUCAAAUGCAGAUUUGCAGUAUCAGGUGCUGAUUGGACUACUGGUCUGGCUCUUGGUAAAUCUACUGCUGAUCAAACUGGCCUGGGCCAUCUUCGGAGAAGACACAAUAAAGCUCCUCUCUUCAAAGGAUCAAGCUAGACCUCAGCAUCUGAAGAAAGAGUAGUUUUUGCUCUUUCUUUUUCUGUCAGUGUUACAGUUAGUUGGAGCCUUUAGCUAUUGAGUGCCUGGCGGAACAAUGUCGGGCAUAAAGAGGUUCUUUGAGAAGCGCAAGCUCAAUGUGAAGUUUAAAAAAGCCGGGGAAGGUCAUCGCCUCGACCAACCGUCUAGUUCAGGUGGACGUAAAGCCCCCGCCCCUGCCAGUGCUCCGCGACCAGUGACGCCGCGGAAACCAGAAAGCGAUGCGGCUCGUAAAGCUGCUGCAGAGGCUGCUCUGGCCAGGAUGGAGGCCAAUCAACAGUCGAAGACAGCUGAUGGCAUGGUCAUUCAAAGGGCGAGAAUGAAGCGUGAGUUGGAGAUGGAAAAGAAACGCCUUCAGGAAGCGGAGGCGAAAGGCGCGGCUGCCCGGGCGGAGCCUCAGGAGGUGGUGCAGGAUUGUGCCCCCAUGGUGGAGGCCAUCUUGUUCAAGUGUCCCGACAUCGGGCCGCAAGUCUUACCCAAGGCGGAGAUGGAGCAGGCCAUUCACCAGUUCCUUCUGGACAACUUGGAGGAUGAACCAGAGAUGACCUCUGCCCUCAUGAUCUACACCCUGAACAAGAGCAAGGAGAAAGUGAAAGUUUGCGUAGAUACCUUGAUUAAGUAUUUAGAUAAUAUAAUUAAUAACCCAACAGAGGAGAAGUUUUGGAAGAUUCGUCAGAGCAACAAGGCCUUCCAGGAGAGGGUGGCCUGUUUGAAGGGAACGGAAGAAUUUCUCCACGCCGCUGGCUUCUCGCUCAAGUCAAUGCCGUUUGAGGAUGGGGAAGCCAUGUUUUAUGUGUUUGAUUCGGAGCUCGCUAAAGAUCUCGAGCGCAUGCAGAAUAUGAAAGACGUUCUUCUCCAAGCAGAGCCGUUGCGGCCGGAGCUGGACCGCGCCAUGAGAGUAUUCCAUCCUUCCAGCUCCGCCGCCAAAUUUGCAAUUCCAGACGAGUUCUACAACGUGUCGCCGGAGGAGUUGAAGAAGGAGCAGCAGAGACGGGAGGAGGCUACGGAGAAACUGGGCAUGCUACGCACGAAGGCGAUGAGGGAGAGGGAUGAGCAGCGAGAGCUGAGGAAGUACCGGUACACGCUGAUUCGCGCGCGUCUCCCCGACGGUGUGCUCCUCCAAGGCGUGUUCAGGGCCACGGAGAACAUGAAGCACGUCUACGAUUUCGUGCGGGAGAAUCUCCAGAACGACUGGAUACCCUUCCAGCUUUCGUCCGGCACGGGCCACAAGCUGGAGGAAGGGGAGGGCACUUUGGCCGAGCUCGGCCUCGCUCCAGCGACGGUGGUCAACUUUGCGUGGGACCAAGCGGUGAUAAAGGAGGUCGCUGCUCAGCAGGGCCAGGCGGUAGCCAAAGUGCAUCUGAAGCCGGAGAUCAUGGCGUUGAUCCAGGAGUUGUAGCUUCCCCAGUGUUGUGUAUUUAGGUAGGAAUGUUUUUCUCUACGACUACGGCACAUAUUUAUAAAUAAUUGUAAUGACUGUUCCAUUUAAGAGAGCUGUGAAACGGUUUCUCCAUUUCGUAUGGAGCCUUUUAAAGUAAAGAGAGCUCUUUUUUAAUAUUGUAAUAACUUGUGUUUCAUCAAAGGUUUUUAGCUGUUGUAAAAAGAUAUUAACCCAUGCAGCAUGUGGUCUUUCACCCCUUUUGGUUUUGCUUGUAUCUUGCGCUUUUCACUUUUUACGAAUUGCAACUUACAACUUUUUAGUUGCUGCAGUUGUUGUUACCGGCCUACCUGCAGAAGGCAACAGUUUAAUUUUAACCACUUUUUAAAAAAGACACAUAUUCUUGCAACUUUUCAUUUUUUUGGUGGUCUCAAGUCAUGUUUAUUUCUGGGUCAUCUCCCCAGACCCCUUAAAUUGAAAUUUCAUCUUACUAUGACUCGAAGUCUGAGAGAUGAUUUUGAGACUGUUGAAUGGCUGAUCUGCAUUUUAUCAU